AACAACAAUUUGUUCUCAGAUAAAACCUGUUGGACCGAAUGCACAAAAACAUGUGGUGGUGGAAUGCAAGUCACUUGUCUAAAUAACACGACAAUAACGAGAGCCUGCAAUACAAGGCGCUGUCCAGGUUAGUAUGGGUAUGUCCCUUUUGGCUUUUAGUGUUUAUGCUGCUUGGGAACAAAUAAAGGGUGAACUAAUGCCAGAACUGGAGACAUCUUUUUCAUGAUAGAUAUACCAUUUAUCGUGUAAGAUAGCAAUGCUCAAUUUUUUUUUUCUUUUUUCAUGAACAAACCUCAGGGGAUCCCGAGUGGACGAAGUGCACUUUAUCUUGUGGUGGAGGGAUACAGAAGAACAUUGACAAUAGCAGUAUUCUGCGAACGUGUAAUACUAUGCCUUGUCCAGGUAAGUAAUUAUUAUUAGUUUUAUGUCGGUCUCCCGGUUUGAAAACAAGACCAAUUUUGUUCAUAACUAUUUAUGAUUUAUUGCGUGCGCAGCAAGAGAGGAUAUACAUAUUCUUCUCUUGCUGGCCGGUAAAAGUCAAUAGUAAAAAUCAUACGUCUCCUUGCUCUCAGCUCCCAGUGUCAUAAAACACCGCAUGAGUUCGUACCCAGCUUUCUGUGCUAUCACAUUCUUUCAGGAGAUGCGGGGUGUUUAUCUGCUUACCUUAGCUUCGAACACGUUUACGAUCACAUUGUCUACGACGAGUCACAUAAUGGCAACGCUGGAACAAUGCAUGGAUGCGCGCGCAUCGUAAGCAAUGGUAAAUUUGGCAAAGGAUUGCAACUGAACGAAGAUGGAAAUGUAACAUUUGAUGUAGAAAAAUUUAGCAAUCGACCAACAGAUGCAAUUACUAUAUCUUUGUGGCUUAAUUUAUCACAAGUCAAUGGUUCACACGAGCUUUUUUUCACUUGCGGCACUCCUGAGCUCUAUAAUAUGGGUGAUUAUCAUUUUGCAAUCGAAGAUGGGAAAGUCCAUUGGCUUGAGGAACUUCCUGGAGAUGGAACGCGUUUUAAUGUUUCUUCAAGUAUGUAUCUCACCUUUUUAUCUUUUUAUACAAAUUUCUGACUGUUUUCAUUCUAAAUCAUUAUUUUUCUUUAGCUCUCUUUCACAAAUGCGCUUUGCAACUUGUCUAAGCUAAGAGACAGAAACUUGUUCGCUUGAUCUAGUCCCAUGGAGACAACUCAGGGGUCUAUGUGUCCAUGUAGCAGAAAAAAAUUAGUUCUAUCGCCAGUUCUCCGACUAUUGUCCGUCCUCUUAUAUUUCUUACAGUUUAAGUAAGGUUCAUGGGUUUUCGUUUACAGAUCUGUACAUUUAAGCAAACAAAAAUAAUCAAGGCUUGCAUAGUGAGCUGCAAAUAUUUACUGUUGCCAUAGCACGAUCUCUGCUGAUUACCUUAACUUGUUUCACAGAUACUACAAUAAAAAGCGGUACGUGGUACCACAUCACAGGGACCUACAGACAAAGCACAGGGAGGGCACGACUUUACAUUAAUGGACUCCUGUCAAAUGAAGUGCGACCUUCGAUGACUCCAAAACGGUCAGCAGUACCUAAGCCCAAUAAUACCACGCAUGCGCAAUGGAAGUGUGCCAAUUUAGGCAGUUCACCGAAAGAGAAGCCUUUACAAGGCAUUUUAGAUGAAUUCCGGAUCUUUAAAUGCGAGCUCUUACCACAAGAAAUUAUGGAUUUGUACAAUAAGAAUACUGUCAAGAAAUUUCGAAUUCCAGCACGAAAAUCAAAUUCGUUAAUGAGACGACCCCUAUGGCGAAAAUACUUUUCUGAAUCUCUUUCCUUAAAAAAAUAA